AUGGUCUACGAGGCUCUUCCUUUUGAUCCUAUCAAGGUGAAAUCCACCGGGAAGGAAAGGGUUGCUUAUUUCUACGAUGCUGAUGUUGGUUCUUUCAGUUACGGCUCAUCUCACCCCAUGAAACCACACCGAAUUAGAAUGACACACUCACUGAUUAUGAACUACGGACUCUACAAAAAGAUGGAAAUAUACAGGGCCAAACCAGCCACUAAGCAAGAGAUGUGCCAAUUUCAUUCUGACGAGUAUAUCGACUUUUUGUCGCGAGUAACACCGGAUAAUUUAGAAUUGUUCCAAAAAGACAGUGUGAAGUUUAACGUUGGUGAUGACUGCCCUGUUUUCGAUGGGCUCUACGAAUAUUGCAGCAUAUCGGGAGGAGGUUCUAUGGAAGGUGCUGCUAGGUUGAAUCGAGGCAAAUGCGAUGUCGCGAUCAACUACGCCGGAGGCUUACACCACGCGAAGAAAUCAGAAGCGUCUGGCUUUUGCUAUCUCAAUGAUAUUGUUCUGGGUAUAAUAGAGCUUCUAAGAUACCAUCCGAGAGUUUUGUACAUCGACAUUGACGUUCACCACGGCGAUGGUGUAGAGGAAGCAUUUUACACUACAGAUAGGGUCAUGACAUGUUCGUUCCACAAGUAUGGUGAAUUUUUCCCGGGUACAGGUGAACUGCGAGACACAGGUGUCUCAAAAGGUAAGUACUAUUCGGUUAACGUACCUCUGCGGGAUGGUAUCGACGACGCCACCUACAAGUCCGUUUUUGAGCCGGUUAUCGGCAAAAUCAUGGAGUGGUACCAGCCAUCAGCCGUCGUGCUACAGUGUGGUGGUGACUCGCUCUCCGGAGACCGUCUGGGUUGUUUCAACUUGUCGAUGCGCGGUCAUGCCAAUUGUGUGAACUAUGUGAAAUCCUUCGGCAUACCCAUGCUUGUGGUUGGUGGUGGAGGCUACACCAUGCGGAACGUGGCUAGAACUUGGGCCUUUGAAACAGGUCUACUUAACAACGUGAUUUUGGAUGAGGAACUACCUUACAAUGACUAUUAUGAAUAUUAUGGGCCAGACUACCAACUUGACGUGAGACCGUCUAACAUGUUCAACGUUAACACGCCUGAAUAUCUUGACAAGAUUCUUCAGGGCAUUUUUGCGAAUCUUGAACACACCAAGUAUGCACCUAGUGUACAAAUUAAUAAUGUCCCACGCGAUCAGGAGGAUUUAGGAGAUGUGGAAGAAGAUACAGCAGCUGCAAAGGACACUAGGGGUGGCUCUCAAUAUGCCAGAGACAUAACUAUCGAGAGGGAUGAUGAAUUUUGA